AUCAUUCCGGCGCGACACUCGCACGAUUUUGCGUUCCGCUUGACAUUCGUUCCGCGGAUCCACGAGACAGACGCGAACCGAGUCAUGAGCGCCGAUAACUCGCGUCCAGAUGCUCUGCUGCCGUUACGAAACCUCUGUAACUCCGUGAAAAGCAGCAGGGAUCGAGUGAGAGAUAGAGAGUCGAAUGAAUGCAGCGGGGCGUUCAGCUUGUCAAACUUCUGGGAGAUUAUGAAUGAAGCUGUUAAAUCAGUGUCUCAAGAAGGAACAAAACUCAGCGUGAUGUUCUCGAAGCCGCCUCUGCCAUCAGAGGAGGGUUGUGUGAAAAUAGCCGAAUCUGUUCAGAAGAGCGUGUUGACGUUGACUACGGUUUAUUUUUGGUUACCAAAGAGCCAAGGAGUUACGCUGAGGAAGGUGCUCCGAGACGCCACGGCGCAGGUGCUGGAUGGACUCGCUCAGCUGCUCGAGGCUCUGCUCUGCUCUCCUGGAGAAAGUCUCUCGCAGGAGCAGCUGAUGUCCACCGGAGGCGUCUGGGCCGCGUGUGACCAGUUUAACCAGCUGCCGAAAGAUAACCGCAGUGCUGUGUUGAGCGUCUUGACGUCAUGUGUUGGUUUGGUGAAAGAUGCCUCGGAGGAGAUGGAGCAGGUCAGAGAUCAUCUAGAACAGGCUUAUGCUGUUGCUCAUUACAAACAAACACACUCACACUUUCUCCGUGUCAUUAAAACCAUACCACACCAAACAUCACCACCCAGCCAAACCUUCUACAUAUCAGUGUCUGAUGAUAAUGAGGGUUGUGUUUGUGUCGUUAGCGUUGAUGACCUCGCCCUCAGUCUCUACCCCCCCGUGGAGCGGUCGGCCGUCGAGAUGAACGUGUGUAAACUGGCGUGUGUGCUGAAGAAAGUACUGGAGAUUACCAGGUCCAGUCAUGUCUGUGUGGAGGCUGAUGUGUCCUGGGUGGAGUUUCUGAACAGCGCUGUGGAGCACAACCUGGAGAAGAUCCGAUCCCUGCUGCUCCUCUGAGGCUCGUAGCGUUUGCUCGGAUAAACCAGGUUCAGUGCUUUCGUUCUUCUUGCAGAAGAACUCAGACUGCAGAAUGUGUUUCGAUGGAGUCUGAACUUUGCCCGAGUUCCCCAGAUUUCCCAAAGCUAUGAAUUAGUCCAUCUUUCUGAACGAUGCUGUAAUUCAUGAUGUUCACAGACGCUUGACCUCUGAUAUAAUUUCUUUAUUUUGCAGUUUAUUUAGUAGUGCUGUCGA